AUGAAACCAUUGAAAUUCGAAUUGAGCUUCAAACUUGCUCGUGGUAAAACAGAGGGACUGGGCAAGCCACUUGAAUUCCGUGCAUUUGUGAAUAGUACAAGUGAAGAGAACAACCUUGACGAUAAUGACUGGCAGGCGGUUGUUCGCGUGAUUAAACGAGCUGAACUCGAUAUGACCGCUGUUUCAGAUCCUCCGAUUGUUAGGUUUGGCGGUGAUUUGAAAGGUGAAACCGGGAUGGAAUUUGAUGAAGAUAUUGGUCCGUUAGUUGUACAUAAAUACACGAUCACAAAUCAGGGACCGUGGUCUGUUAAUAACGUAACGGUUCAGGUGGAUUGGCCUUACCAAGUAGCCAGUGUGUUCUCAAAGGGCAAAUGGGCGUUAUAUCUGAUGGAAAUGCCAACAAUACAAACGACGAACACAGAUAACGAGAACAUUGUCAAACAAUGUUCGAUGGCAUUACCCACUGAGUGGGUUAAUCCACUGCAGCUGAAAUUGUAUUUGGAUUCAGGAACGUCCUUUGAUUCAGAAGCUGAUUACAGUGACGCGUCUGAAGAUGCCAUCAGUCGCCGAGUUAAGAGAACACCUCAAGAAGAAAAAGCAGAAGCGAGACCAUCGCGAGAGCUUCGAAUUAAAACGACUAAAAUCAAGGAGAAAUCUGGUGAAGAAGUGGAAAUCGUUCGUAUCGUAAGUAUUUUUUUAUGA